AUGACUACCUGUUGCCAGUAGAGGGCGUGCUUAGUCCUUGACUGGUUGCUGAAAGCCAUAGCAAGAGGUGUCAUGCAUUCUUCUACUUCCUUACAGGAAAUAGUAUUGCACCUUUAAGGAUGCAAGUUACCAGUUCACAUGGAUGUAUACUUAAAAUGCAUUUGAUUUCUAUGGAAAAGUGAACCAUCUCAUUUAAGUUUUAGUUUAAUACUAAAAGAAACUCUAGAAACAGUACUAUCCCUACUGGAGGGGGAAAAAUUCAAGUACUGUGUAAGAAUAGAAAUUUUUCAUUAGAUUUAUGAAGUGCUGCAAACACUAAACACUGUGAGGGUGGAGGUGACUGCUUGUGAAUAAAAAUGCGAAAGGCCAAAGGUUUAUGACAUGUAAUAUUUGGCCAGUUUAUGAUAUUAUUAGUGUUCCCUCUCCACACUCUGAAUUAUGUGUCCUAUAUGGUUACAGAGAACUGCCCCUUCAUCUUUUUGAUUGGAGGAGGUCCCAUCGUGUGGUUGUGUCCUUUCUGCCACACCCCCUAGCCCCCUUCAGUGUACCCUUAGCCAAUCAGUGAUCACCACUGAGAAUAGGACAACAGUGCUGAGAUAAUGUUAAAGUGUGUUUUAAAUGGAACGGAAGUAUUUUUCCAAAUUUUAACUUGAAUUGCAUUUACAGAAUAUCAAUCUCUUCCAGCUGAGUGGACUCACUUAUGGCUAAUGUAAUUUAUGAGAUUGAUUGAUUGAUUCACCAGUAGUUCUGGACAUUGUAUAUCAAGAAAGGGAAGAUCCUGUGCCCGUUGUAAUAGAUUUAUUUGUGUGUGUGUGUGUGUGUGUUGGAUAUGAGAAAAAUCUCAAAACUCUGGAACAGUAGAAUUGAGAGCUUUGAAAUUUAACCCUGGGUUAGGCUCCAGCAACCCCCACAACCCUGACCUGGAUAAGUGGGCAUAGAUAAUGGAUGGAUGGAUGGAUGGAAUUGUAAGAAAAAUCUCAAAUUAGAAUCAAAUUAGAACUGUCGUUAUUUACUUCAUAUGAUGGGUAAUUCUUUUUCAAGUCAGAUUAAAUACCCAUUUACUACAAAUUAAAGGGAAAGUGUGUAUUACAAUAACUACAGUGUAUAUAAGUACAAGCCACUCACACAACCAUGUUUUUUUUUUUUUUUUAAACGGAAUUCAUAAUUUCGGAAUGCAAAGGGAAGUACUUACGACUGUCAGUAACAAUGGAAAUAUAAAUGCACCUAAAUUUACUGCGUGCAAUCUCUGCUAUUAUGAGAAAUCUUUGGAGGGGGUAAAUGAGGAGUGUGUUUUAAUGCAGCGUGAGCUCAGUCCCGUAGCAGCGCUGCUGUACAUUAGCGGCCGCUCACCUGCUGCCUCACUGUCCGUCCCGCGUGCCGUUCUGAGAUAUAAACCUCGUAAUAACCGCCUUCAUGCGCGAGCUUCUUUUCUCCGAGCAAUUAACGAUGCACGUAACGACCUUACACGACCGCAGUACAAGCGAAGCUUUAAUCGUGCAAGGUCGGCAUUUAUUCCGCAGUUGGUCAAAAAUGAGGCCACAAAGAUCGAACGUUUAUGCAUGAGUUGUCAAACAUAUGCUUUCCAUGCAUAUACUUUUGAAUUGUGUUAUAUUUCUCCAUUCGGCUUUGCACUCUUUUAAGCACUCUAUUUAUUAGUGUAAUAUGUACCAUGCCAGGAUUCAAUAAGCAGGUUUUUCAUUACCUAUAACUAACACAGAAGUCUGAAGUUAAGGAUGCAUUUAACCAGGGGUGGGUUAGGCUACUGAUUAUUGAUUAUAUGAUGAUGGAUUAAUUUUAUGUUUUCUUUAGUAAGUGCAUAUUCUUAUACAGAAUUUGUGCUUUAAUACAUGUAUAUGAUCUUUUGCUAAAUUGACAGAUAGGCCUAAAAUUGUGCAUAAUACAUGGUUGGUAUUGCUUUUAAUAUUACUAGCCCUAUCUGUGUUUUUUGUAUUAAGGGCUAUUGAAUAUUACCGUAUUAUCAAAUCAAAUAUAAAAAUACAAAAGAAUUCCAGGCACAGUAGGUGGAGCAAACACUUAGAGUGACAAUGGAACGGACUUGCUGGAUUUGAAGAAAUAAGGAUUGAAACUAACGUAAGAAAACUAUUGAAAAUUACUCUGAAUUCAAGGGAUUAACUGUAACGAAAUUUAAAUGAGGAAAUUUUAAAUAUCACAUUUUUAAAAUAUGUUUAAUUUUGGAGUCGAUGUAGUGAAACGCUGAUUGGAUACAUCCCAUAUAGCCUGUACAGCAAAUUAAACGCAUGAAGAAUCAUACGUUUUACCGCGCUAUUACGUAGAGAAAAUCAGAAUCAGAAAUCAAAAAUCCUGUAACCCUAAUUAUUUCAUGUUUAAAAUCCACAGCGCACCUGGAAGAGGCACCAGCCGAGGGUCGUGUGAAUAAGGCAUCUAUUCACUGCACUGGCCCAUUAACGAAUGCAGCCCAAGAUCACACACCUCAAACCUUUACAUUGCAAUUGCCACUGAUUGACUUAGUAUACAGUUAAAGUUGAAAUAUGUCUGUGAGCCUAACAAAUAUUUAAUAGUUAAUGAAUUCUGAAUAUUUUUCUGCAUACAAUUUACAUACAUUUAUAUACAUUUCUCUAACGAGUCAGUUUUUUUCCGAAGGGUCCACAUGAAGAUAAAAAGACUUCUAACUGCAUCGGAAGCUCAGAGGUGGCAGUUGUUGCUUUUGAAGUACUAAUGCAACAUAAGGGGCAGGUUAUUGUGUGCAAAUUGGAUAGAGGGUUUGUCAUGAGUUUGUGAAGUAGGGAGGAAGUGCUGGACACCCCUGUGCUAUAUCUUCUGAUCUUUUUGCAUCCACAACAUCAAGUUUGUGUUUUAUUUCUUUUGAAGAACACUUGGAUGCCUAUUGGCUAAAAUAGCACGCGUCCUUUUGCAUAACUGCAUUGAUUCUUUGAACUGGUAUUUAAAAACAGGAAUAUUUUAAAAGUGCUUAAGAUGGAAAAUCACUGUUGCCUCCGUUAUUACCUUGCAGAGUGUUCAUAUGUGAAAUGUCAUACAAAUACUCUGCUGUGAUUGCUGUUUUCUCUAUCGCCUGUUCUCUUGUUGCAUCAUUAGUCAAGAUUGCCUAAAGUCUUUUUUUUAUUGUAGCUUCUUUUAAAAGUCCAAGAAAAAUUUGACAUUUUAGAUAGCGUACAAUUUAAGCAACAAAAUUAAGAGAAGUAAUAAUUGGUGUGACGAUUGCAUUGGAAGAGUUGAAAUUAUGCUCAAAUUGAAUAGCUAUAUUGCGGAUGUGUGCAUGAGUGCGUCGCAUGUGGUGUGAAGUGAUGGAUAUGGUCAGAAUUAAAUUUUCAGAGCGUAAAACAACUGGAAGAAAAACAUACAUUUCUAUAUUAUGAAAUGCAUUCAUUAUGAGCGAGCCCGGAGAGAAUCAUUCUGGGGCACCCCUGGUGAUGUCACGCACGACAGGGUCAGCGCACGGCAGACCCCUGCAAGUUUAAUAUGCAAAUGCCACUAAUGGCCCGUAACACGCUGCGUGCACGUUUGUGUAUGAAAUGAACAAUUUUCCCCAUUAUCCACAUAUAGUCAGCGGGACAUUUUUAGGCAAUUCAAAGUUAGAACGUUACUAUCUGCUACAGUGGCAGUGACCCAGCUGGGAGUCAAAGCUAUACUUCCCCAGCGGCUAUACCACUAUUCAUACCUGUAUCUUAUCAACCCGCUGUAGCUAAGCAGGGUUAGCAUUGGUUAUUUCUUGGUUGGGUCAUUUCCUGGGGAAGCUAAUGGUUUAUUCAAUAGGCAGUAUGUUCCGUCUAAUUGGUCAUACCCGCAACAUUCUGCAUCCAAACGUUCAGUCCAGUCCUGUGUUGGUUAACAUGUUCGGUAAUAUUUUAUUGCUUUUGAAUAGACUCGAAGUUGCUGCUGGAAGAGGUAUUUUGGUGGGCCAGGAGGCGGCACCCUUCUUUUGGACUAUGCAGGAAAACCACUGCCCUAGGGUAUAGGGUUAAAAAAUAUGGCCCUCCAAUCCAAAUCCAUCCCUGGAUUUCUUUCCUCCCAGGGCAUUAACUGAACAAUUGGCGCUAUUGAUUGGCCAGGCUGUCUUUACACCUGACUCCCAGGUGAAGGGAGGAUGGAAAACCAUGAUUUGAUGAUCCCUGUGCACUGUUGGAGGCUCUUUGGACGCCAUUUUUGGAUGUGACAUCGUGAGGUCCUAAGAGGUCCUGGCUCUCUCUGGUCAUUAAAAUCCGAUGCCACAAAAUCCCAUAGUACCUGGCACAUAACUGUCUUUAAAGAUUUGGAUAAAACAUGUUGCCGGACAGAAAUGUCUCAAAAGUUUUUGGGUGAAGAACAUAAAGAUGUACAGUGUUGUCGAGGGACAUCUUUUGUCAAAUUAGUGUUGAGCACCCGGAAGCUCAAUAACAUCUUUGUUGCGGCCGUGUACAGAUGCAGCCAUCAUUGAGAUUUAUUAAAAAUAAAAUGUAAUCACAUAUUUGACAGCGGGGUCAUCACUGGCAGACUCGGUGCUCACACAAUGUCACAACCCACGUAGCCCAGUAUUGCUGUUCCUACUUAGUGGCCUUGUUAAUGCUCCUUCCCCCACACGCCCGUCAUUUUGAAUGCAUGUUUUUGAAUGCAUGUGCGACCCGGUUUUUGAAGGCCCGCUCUUGCCCACGGUUUAAUUAUGCCACAGGAAAGAACAUCUCUGCGAUUAAAAGCUCCUUCAGAACAGAGCGUGUGGCAUAUCCCUAAUGACUGCCAAUGUCCUGUGGAGGAUGCAUUAGAACCUAUAAGAAUAUAAUAGCACUUUGCAGUGAAUGAUGAUGUACCGCGGCUGACUCAUCCUACUCCCCGCAGUGUACUAUUCCGUUUGCACACGGACAGUUGAUACUCUCUUCAGUUCUACCACUCGCUCCUCAAUAAUGCAUGCCCAACCCGGAGGGGAGAUCACCUGAGAUCACUGAACCUCAACGUCUGACUAGGGUUUCCACCACCGAAAGAAUGGUGGCAGUUAUGUUGACUUUAGUUUAUUCAAGUGCUCUUUACACUUGCAAUUCAAAAAAUGUUUUGAAUGCUUUAAGGUGUGACCCAAGGAAUUCCAGUUUAGAGGUUGCAUUGCUCUUAUUAAUUGAUUUUAAAAGGUAACCAAAUAUAACCCUUUUCUUGUUUUCUGUAUUUGGUUGAGAGGUGGAUUUAUUCAUAUGCAUUGCGUACAUAGAUUUUGAGUGAUGUAUAAGUAUUAAUACAUCUGAACUGAUGGUUAAACCGUACAAACUCACAUCCUGGAACAUCACAGCUAAAGUGUAAAGUAGAAUAUAUUUCUCUGAACCUGUGUCCUGGAAAUAUAGUGUAUUGCAUAACCAUUCUCCUUAGAUUUGAGUUGAUUAUAUUUGUGCCAUUGUGUGUCAGAAGCCGUUUUGCGGAAACACAAGCACCACCGGUAUAUAAAUGUUUAUUUUUUAAUCCCGAUAAAUAUAUGGGGAUCAAAUGUAAAUCAGCUAUGUGUAAAUUAAUUGAAAUAUCCAACGCGUGGUUUAAGGGGUUAAUUGCAAACUGCUUAAUUUUGCUAAUUGCCUCAGUGCGUCAGAGCUCCUUGCGUGAGGGUCUAUAUAUGUAGAGCCGGGUGUAGGAGAGGACUCCUGAGAUUGUCUGCUGGGUGCACCAUGAACCUGCUGGUGAGCUACUUCGUACCCCUAAUCCUCAUCUCAUGGGGAGGUCAGCGCGCUGGGGCACUGCCCACAGGAGACAGACUGGCGCUGCUGGGCAAUGGGGCAUUGGCUCAGGAGCACAUAGACUUUCUGUUGAAGAUGCUGUCGGGGCUGCCAGAACUCAGCGGUCAGGAGGAGGAGGAGGAACACACUGAUUUGGACAGUGACCUGCAGCAGCAGCGGCGGGCCAAAUUCAGGGAGAGGUCCCUCGUCGGACGGCCCGUCCCCCGUGAGCGCUCCCCCUGCAAGAACUUCUUCUGGAAGACCUUCUCCUCCUGCUAAUGCCGCCCAAGAUCCAGCCGCUGCCGCCGGUGCCACGCCGAGGGCCUGUUACGGCUGUCAUCUCAUCUCAGUGUGAAUAAACUGCUAAACUGCGACUGUAUGAGUAAUGGCCAUAUGUUUGCGUGUGUGUGAGUAUGCGUGUGUAAGCGGGCCUGUGAUAGAUUAGCAGCCUGCUCAGGGUGUAUUCCUGCCUCUCGCCCAAUGUGUGUUGGGAUAGGCUCCAGCAACCCCCCCGCGCGACCCUGACCAACCAGGAUAAGUGGGUAUAGAUAAUGGAUGGACGGAUGGAUGUGUGUACUUGUUUCAAAUACAUAUUCCCUUCAUAUAAAAUAGUUAAACAUUUAUACAUGUUUCAAGAUCACGCCUUCCUCCUCAGCCUGAAUAUUUUUAUAAUAAGCCAUUUGUAUUUAUGGAUAAGCAUUUAGAGCAUGCUUGUGUUCACGAGACAAAGCAAGGUAAAUGCAGUACAUUUUCAUGUGUUAUUUUAUUAUUAAAUUAAUAUUCACAUUUAAGCUGACUAUUU